AUGAGUCGCCGGCUCAUUCUUCAACAGGCACGCGGUCAGAGCCCAGGGCUCCUCCCACUGCUUGGGAGCUUACGGUUUCAUGUUCUAUUUCACUCCCCGAUGGGGGUUCUUUUCACCCUUCCCUCACGGUACUACUUCGCUAUCGGUCACCCAGGAGU